AUUAUUCUGCUCACUGUGAUAAAUAGUUUUUUUAAAUAAACAAUUUCCAUAAUAAAUGUACAAAAAAAAACAACAAAUUCAUUUGAAAUGUUUCGUUUUGUUUUAACUUGUCAAUUUGCAUCCGAUUCAGUUAUUAUAUCGAUGAUGAAAAAUUUUCUAUUUAUUUUCAUUUUAUUGGUCACAGGUGGUUCGGAUGGAUGUGAUAUACAGUUAUUUGAAAACAACGAAUGUUUUGUUAAUGAGGAUUGUUACGGAAUUGCUGAAUAUUGUGCUCUAAUUCCAAGUGAAUUUAGUCAUUUGUUUGUUGGAACCUGUGAAUGUAUGGAUGGUUUCGUAAAAAAUUCGAUGAAUGGUCAAUGUGAAGUGAAAAUAUCAUGCCAAUUCAACGAAAACAAUCCUUUAGAAUCAUCUUGUCCACCAAGUCAUCGUUGCUUACGACAUCCACAAAAUUUUACCAUUCAAUAUUGCAUUUAUAAAGAAGUUGGCUAUGUUAAACGAUUUGGAAAUUGUCCGGAAAAUUAUACAGCCACUAUUGAUAGAACUCGUUGCAUUGAAAAUUGGUCCUGUCAAAAUAACAAACAAUGUUUUAAUGGUUAUGUUUGUGAUAAAACAUUCGGAAUUUGUCGCUGUCCAAAAGAUACAUUUGUAGAUAAUGAUGGCUAUUGUCGAAAAAUUGAACGAAAAAAAGAAUUACUUUAA